CAUGCCCCAGAGUUGGGUCGACUUUUUCCAUUGCAGCGAAAGAGUUUUGUAAGUUGUCGAUGAAUUUGACAAAAACUACGUGUCGUAAAAUGUGUUGCGUGUUUUAGAUAGCGUAAAGAAGCUUCUGAACUGUCGUACGGACGCAUGAAACAGUGUAUAAAAAAGUCGCACUCGUGGUCUCUGUGCAUCGUGUCAUAACUUGUGUUUUGUUGAAGUUGGAAGCCCAUCAUCGCCAGCCAGCACACCACACACCAUCGUCAACCCGAUUGUGUGUAAAGCAAAAGGAGAAAAAUAAAUUGACGACCCAGGUUCUUUAUCGAUCGCAAACAAACAUAGAUGACGAACACGUUUUGAACGUUUGAUCAUCCUCUGCGAAACAAGGAAGACGAGUAACGAACAGCAAGCAAGCGAAACAGCUGUACAGUUAGUGUAAAUUUUAGAUAGUUAUAAAUAAUAGUGCAUCAUUUCGGACAUAUUGAAUUGCGUGCGGAUACCGACGGCAUAGUGCAUAAACGGCCACAUCAUGGAGGCAAGGCCGGUACAGGUAGUGGAGACAAGCGAAGAUCACAGCUUUGUCCUGAAUGAGGAAGCACUGUCGGAGAUACUGCUGCAAGACAGCAUCAAAGACCGCGCGAUCGUAGUGGUGUCUGUGGCCGGAGCAUUCCGGAAGGGCAAAAGCUUCCUGCUGGACUUUUUCCUCCGCUACAUGUACGCUAAGUAUGUGCAUCAUCAGAGCGUACUCGAGUGGUUGGGUGACGAAACGGAACCGCUGUCCGGAUUUUCGUGGCGUGGUGGUAGCGAACGUGACACAACAGGCAUCCUGAUGUGGUCCGAUAUAUUCCUGCACAACAGAGCCAAUGGCGAGAAGCUGGCAAUAAUACUGAUGGACACACAGGGCGCCUUUGACAGCCAGAGUACCGUCCGGGACUGUGCAACCGUGUUCGCGCUUAGCACCAUGCUGUCCUCCGUGCAGAUUUACAACCUGUCACAGAACAUUCAAGAGGACGAUCUGCAACACCUACAGCUCUUCACGGAAUACGGUCGGCUAGCACUGGCCGAUUCGGGCAAGAAGCCGUUCCAGCGGCUCCAGUUUCUGGUGCGCGACUGGAGCUUCCCGUACGAGGCCGAAUAUGGUGCGCUCGGUGGGCAGCUUAUUCUACAGCGACGGCUCGAGGUAUCGGACAAACAGCAUCCGGAGCUGCAAUCGUUGAGGCGCCACAUUACGUCCUGCUUUUCGGAAAUUGCCUGCUUUCUCAUGCCCCAUCCCGGCCUAACGGUGGCAACAAACCCCAGCUUCGACGGGCGCCUAUCGGACAUAACGCCCGAGUUCAAACAAAGUUUGCGCGAACUGGUACCGAUGCUGCUGGCGCCAGAAAAUUUGAUCGUGAAAGAAAUCAACGGCCAGCGGGUGAAGGCACGCGACCUGGUGCAAUACUUCAAAUCGUACAUGGCUAUCUACAAGGGUAACGAACUGCCGGAACCGAAGAGCAUGCUGGUGGCAACGGCCGAAGCAAACAACUUGACGGCAGUAGCGGCCGCGAAGGAAAUUUACGCACAGCUCAUGGAAGAUGUGUGCGGUGGCACUAAGCCGUACCUCAGCACGGGCCAUCUAGACUCGGAACACAACCGUAUCAAGGAGAAGGCACUGCAUCAGUUCUCUUCGAAACGAAAAAUGGGCGGUGAAGAAUUUUCGGAAAAGUACCGCGAAAAGCUGGAGCAAGAUCUGGAUGAAACGUUCGUCACGUUCCGGGCGCAUAAUGAAAGCAAGAACAUCUUCAAAGCUGCCCGAACGCCUGCCGUGUACUUCGCCAUCGCGAUAGUCAUGUACAUCAUGAGUGGCAUCUUCGGACUUGUUGGGCUGUACACGUUUGCCAACUUUGCCAAUAUGAUAAUGGGCAUUGCGCUGAUCACUCUAGCGUCCUGGGCCUACAUCAGGUAUAGCGGCGAGCUGAGCGACUUUGGCGUCCGGUUAGAUGAGAUCGCGAACCUGCUGUGGGAAAAUAUGAUGAAACCAAUCUACCAGUCAUGCAUGGAGAAGGGCAUCCAGCACGUGGCGUCGCACGCGACAGAGUACGCGAUCAGCGGCGGUACAACAGUCGGCAGUGCCGGUAGCCGUCAGCUGAACGGCAAGGUGAAACACUCUUGAGAGUACGCUCCUAGCGCUUCCACGUCCGAGCACCGCAGCCAGUGGUUAACCGCGUCAACCGACAGCACCACCACCAUCCGCUGGCGACCCUGGCGAUGGUCUUGGAGGUAUCGUAACGAGGCGACUGCUGCCACGAUAAACGCAACAGCGACACAAUCGUUCCACCAGCCAUCGCUGACAAACAAUAACGCACCCGAUCGGACAUUCGCGUACUGUGUGGCCGCUGCGGAGGGUGACAACCAUAAAGCAGCACCAUUAUCGUCAUCACCCUUCUAUCAUCGAGGCACCAGCAACAGUAACAACAACACCAAUGGUCUGACUAGCAGCAGAAGCCAUAGCGGCAGUGGCACGGGCAGUGACAGUGACAGCAGUAGUGAUAGUGGCAAUGGAGCCGUCCCGAGCGAUGGCACUAGGUUUAGUAAAUUUAUCAAUAGCAUUAAGUACGCCCUCGGCAGUAGUAGUGGUGGCAGACAGCAGCGCGGUACUGCCGUGCUGGUGGGUGACCAUGAAAGCAGCAGCAGCAGCAGCCGAAACAGCAGCACGCGACCACUGGUGAUCAAAUCAACGUCCGUCAUAAAACGGUCGGCGCACAGUUGUGGUAGUAGCGCAAGCGAACUCACCGAUGGUACUAAACGAGGAGGACGUCACAAAACAUCAGCGACACCGGAUGCUGUUACGCCGGUGGCAAACGGAAUCCGCAACAGCCGGCGCACAUAAGGGUGAACCGGAAGAGAACCGGGGGGAGGAGGUGGUUCACCACCACCCAAGGCACAUUUUUCAUUCGAGAAUAGAGAAAGGCGCGCUUUUUUGCUCAGCAUCGUUAAAACUAUUAUAACCCUGUUAUAGACAACACAAACACCUUUAUUACCUGUUGCGUAGAUCGGGGAUCAUUCGGAAUGUGGUACACACGGUCUUCGAUCGUUCCUUUCGGGGUAUUUCUUUACGUUAACUUACUUUGUUGAACCCCACCCGACACACCGUUUUGUUGUUACUGCUGAUUUGUUUUAUACUCUAUAUUUACACUGCAUUUUUUGUUGUUGUUGUUGUUUUGUUGGAAGUAACAAGCAGAAUGGAAGCGGAGAUUGUGCAAAAGAAGGGCAUAUAUGCGAGCCAAAACGAAACGACGGUCGUAUGGGAAGAAUUAAAAGUGUUAUUGUGCCAAAAAGGGAGAGGAAAAUAAGUGUACGUUAGGCAGCUGCUGGAGAAAGUUGAUAUCUUACAACAAGGGCAAUAGAAACAAAGCGUCUCGAGAUGUAUAAAAUGCGCUCUAUCCCAUAAUUUUGUUUGUUACUUGUUAAAACCCAAACCCGCUCAAAUUCGAACACUGGAAUCGUAACCGUGUUCUUUCGGCUCCGCUUGCAUUGCAUAUUCUGUAUUAAGCGUAGGCGUUUCUUUUAAUUUUCUUGCCAACACAGCAGACAAAACGUUGUUGGGAAAACGGGAGGACGACAUUCGAAGGGCACUCACUCCUGAAGCUGGCGACGACGACCACGACGACAACGGUGACUGCAAAGCAGCGUUGUGAAUGCAUGUACGACACGUUUAUAAUUGUGUAUCGUGACGAUGACAAAAAAACAAACACAAAGCAAGGACGCGAAAAACGCAGGAAACGAUUUUUGUCAGAUCAUUACCCACACAUCUCGCCAUUUAAGAAAGCAUAAAGAUUUUUUUUUGAUUUUGAUAGGAAUUUAUUAUUAUUUUGUUACAUUGCGCGUACCAACGCCGUUAGUUACGAUAGAAGGGUGCAAAGCAAAACGUUUAAAGAAUUUCUUGUACAUAAAACAAAAAUCUAUU